AUGGCGUACGUCGAUCUCGACGAGCUGCACUCCGGGCGGCUAGAAAACUGGCCCCUCUUCUCGUCGCGCACGGCGUGGUCGCUGCUCUCGCUGCUCCCCCGCGACCACAUGCUCAGCGAGCCGCGCGCGGGCCCCCUCCUCGCGCGCGUGCGCGACGCCGUGCACCGCGAGACCGGCGUGCGCCCCGCAGGCCCCGUCCGCCUGCUCACCAACCUCCGCGUGCUCGGCGUCGAGUUCAACCCCGUCAGCUUCUACUACGUCUUCAACGCCGCCGGCUCCGAGGUCGACACCCUCGUCGCAGAGGUCAGCAACUUCCCCUGGUUCGAGCAGCACAACUACGUCGUCGCCCCGCUCGAGGCGCUGCGGCAUGGUAAGGGACUGCGGAGGUUCGCCGGACAUCCGAAGGCGUUCCACGUGUCCCCGUUCAUGGACAUCGCGGGCGUGCGCUAUGAAUGGCUCGUCGGUGAGCCGGGGGACAGGCUGCAGGCACGCGUUCACCUCAAGGAAGCCGAGGAGGGGACGUUUUUGGCAUCGCUCGACGCGGAGAGAAUGCCGUGGUCCGUGCGCAACUUGGUCAUGAUGCAGGUUAUGUAUCCGUUGCACACGCUGUUCGUUAUGCUGGGCAUCUUGUACGAGGCGGGCAAACUAUUCAAGAGGGGGUUGACCUUCUUUCCGCAUCCUCACGGGACAGAGACGGCUCUGUCUAUUGCGGUGGCCAAAGUUGUGUUGUUUGGUAAUGCCGUCAUUGCUGCUUGGAAGGGACUCACGACGCGUCCUGCGGCUGCGCGGCGAUGA